GAUCUGAUCAAGCUAAUUCUUUUCUUGGGUUUGUACUGAUAAAUUAUGCUUCCAUUUAUUGCUUCCCAGCACCAAAGCUUUGAUCAGCUUCUGUUUAGGUUUACUCACCUAGUGUGUUGAUGAGUUUUAAUGAUAGAGGAUAUAUUGAUUUUAGCUGCAGUAUGACUUUGUUUUGUGAUUUGUUUUCAUAGGUGUCCACAAUCAUGUCUGCAAGUACCACCACACUCCGGUACCCAGGCUAUAUGAAUAAUGAUCUAAUUGGACUGAUUGCUUCCCUUAUUCCCACUCCAAGGCUUCAUUUUCUCAUGACUGGCUAUACUCCGCUUACGACAGAUCAAUCAGUGGCAAGUAUACGUAAAACUACAAUCCUGGAUGUCAUGCGAAGACUGUUGCAACCAAAGAAUGUGAUGGUGUCCACUGGCAGAGACAGGCAAACUAACCACUGUUACAUUGCCAUCCUCAACAUUAUCCAAGGAGAAGUGGUCCCUACUCAGGUCCAUAAAAGUCUGCAAAGAAUACGAGAGCGAAAAUUGGCCAACUUCAUACCGUGGGGACCAGCCAGUAUUCAGGUGGCAUUGUCACGGAGUCUCCAUACCUGCCAUCAGCUCACCGUGUCAUUGUUUGAAAGAACCAGCAGACAGUAUGAUAAACUCAGAAAAAGAGAAGCGUUCUUAGAACAAUUUCGCAAAGAGGACAUAUUUAAGGAGAGUUUUGAUGAACUGGAUAAUUCCCGGGAGAUUGUCCAGCAGUUAAUUGAUGAAUAUCACGCUGCAACUCACCCCGACUACAUUUCCUGGGUGACUAACUGGAAUAUGGUGAAUAUGCAGGAUAGCCAGGCUUAG